GGGAAACUGCCGCAGAACGCUAAGCGAAUUGAUUCUUUGAAGUGAAUAUAUAUUAUGAAAAGCCUCAAAAAUUGAAUACUCCCAACGCUAAGCCGAUCAGAAUUUUCAUCAAGUUUCAUUAGCGAGUACUUUCUUGCGCACAAAAGGAUCCUCUUCUCUCUCAGAAUUUUUCUCAACCUCCAUCCUCUUUACAUCCAAAAUUUUCAGAAUCCAUCCAAAGCAUCAAUCAUACUUGAAAACCGUCGUACUACUCGCAAACAUUCAAUCAAUCUCGCUGGUACCACAUUACAUCGCACUUUACCCAUUCUGACUCUUUUACUACUUCUCUUUUACUUUCCCACAAGGAAACUCUUCUCUCUUGAAAAAGACGACUUCUCCAUACGUCCAAUUCACAUCCAAGUCUUUUUUUACUUUACGUGUUUCCCAACACCACAUAACAACAAUUUUACCAAUAACUUCUUGAAAGCACUUCGUCUCUCGAAAGUCCUUAUUACUUACCUCCAACCACAACCUUAUCUACGAAUCCUUCCUCUUUUUACCAUCAACUCUUAAACCACCUUCCUCACGAAUCAUGCCGCCAAUCACGAGAUCAAAGUCUCCUGUCAAGAAGACAUCGGCAGAUCAAGACCAAGCCUCCUCCGCGUCAAGUAUCUCCAAAAAUGUUGCACCGGUCGCAAAUAUGCGUUCACCUGGCAAGAAAGCUCCAGCUAAUAGCGGGCAACUACCAUCUGGUGGUAACAAUGCAGUAAGUUCUAUCUGUUUACCAAUUUCAUGUUUUUUGAUAGCCGAUAAUGUUCCCCUACCUUGAACCCCAUUUCACAUUUCAUCAAUGUGAACAUUCUUUGUUUCUGAAACUUCAAGUUUUCAUUUUGAUUUUGAAACAUUUUUUUAUCCAGCGCACCAUACUACAAGAUGUUGUCCUGGCAUUGUUUUACUUGAUCACAUACUUCCGAUUCCACCAUGACACUUGCUAACUCCAAAUCUGUAGCUUUCCGAUGCCAUGGUUCCAACUUUGGAGCCGCUCUCUCCUUCCAAGAGGAAGAGAAGCGCAAAGACUAUCAGCGGUGGCGAAGGCGUUGGCGAACAACCUUCUGAGCCGAUGAAGCGAGCACGGGUUGAGAGGAGUGAUUCCCGUCGUUUCAAUCCAGCAAGUGGUCAAUCUGAUUUGGCUGCCACGACUUAUUACCCUCAAGUGGAGAGGGUAGUCCUUGGUCUUGAAGACACACCAGUAUUUGGCACUGCUGGUGGUGCUCCCAAGGAGGAACUUGAUGCUGGAUCAUCAACUUCUACACCCUCUCCAAAGCCAGUCGAAAGCACGGCUGCCGCUCCAGUUUUGGUCGGCGAAGAAAACGGUGUCACGGCAAAGGCUCCGAUUUCUGCGGUCACUGUUACAGCUGGCCAAGCCGAUAAUGAGAGUGUCGUCGAUCAGCUUACACCCCACUCCGCUGCGGAUCUUACAGGCCCUUUGGCUGCCACGGAGGCAGAAGUCCAUCUUCCUGCUGCGCCUCAGGAUUUUUCUUCUAGCGACCUCGAGGUUGCUAAGGAGGAACUUGACCCUCCAAAGAUCGGCACAACCAAUACCUGCAGGUGCGACGAGAUUGCUAUCAAGUUUGCUGAGAUGAAAGAACGAAUCAAGGCUAUUGAGAAACAGGAAGCGGCGUCCCGCGCUGAAAACGACAAAAUCAGAGAGAGUAUGAAAGGCCUUUUAGAGUCGAAUCAUAAGCUCAGACUUGAGAGAAACAACUUCAUCCAACUUGCUGAAGAACAUCCACGUAUCAGCCAAGAAGUACAACGUCUUACUAAACUGGUUCGCUUUUUAAAGGACGACAACAAGCAACUAAACAAAAGAAACGAUGAGCUCGUGGACAGCGUUAACAAGCAUCAGAUCAAUUUCAAUCAAAUCCGGACCGUCGCUCAGAAAUUUAAGGCCGAAGUCCAGAAACUCGAGGACGUCGUUGAGGGGUAUAGGAUCGCCGUCAAUGUUCUUAACAAAAAAGUUCCGGAAGAAACUCAAGAUCAAGAAGAUCUCGAACUAACCAGGGAGCUUCUUAAGAUCGAAACAGCAAAGAAUAAGUUGCUGAGCGAUUCUUUCCAGAGUAUGGGUCGUUCUUUUGCCGCAGGUGGGGUAGUUCCUGGCAUCGAAACAAGUGAUUCAGCUCAAGGAGGCGUGUCUCACGGAAAUCAUGGUCAUGAGAAACGUGACCAGGAAGGUCGCUCUCGUCGUUAUCGCACACCAUCUCCUUGCAGCAAGGGUAACAACAAUUAUGACGUCAACGACGUCAACAGCGAUGACGAUAGCUCUGAUAGUCUUCCUCAACUCGGAGCUCCAGAAGAUGUAUUUACUGGCACUCAACAGUCUGGUUCAGCUUCUGCUCUCGUCGGAUUUCGGGGUUCAUAUAGAUGGGAGUGUAGUCAUGACCGUGGCUACAAUGGAAAUAGAUGCAACCACUGUGGCGUCCAUGUUCUUACCAAUGAAGAUCCCGGAUUUGUUCGUGAAAGAUCUGUUGCUCCUGCUGCUUCUAUAGAUGAUCUAUAUGGUGCAUCAGAUCAUGGAGAAGAGCGCAAACCUGCUAGCCCUUCUUAUGAGCCAGCGGAAGCUGUUACCAAUGAGGCGGAAGCUGUCACCAAUGAGGCGGAAGCUGUCACCAAUUCUCAGGAUGAAUCACAACCCGAAAAUUCCCGAUACCUCUCUGAGAAACAGGACGAUGAGGAUGACGACGAACGUGAUGAAUCUCAGUAUAUCGGCCCCACGACCCUCUCUGGCAAUGAGGAUUAUGAGGACGAAGAGGAUGACGAUCAGAGGGACAUUUCGGGAAACAAUGGUAUCCCAGAUCUCCCUGACUAUGAGGAUUCCGAGGAUGAUAAUCAGAGGGACAUUUCGGGAAACAAUGGUAUCCCAGAUCUCCCUGACUAUGAGGAUUCCGAGGAUGACAAUCAACAGGAUCAUCAGGAAUUCCCUUAUCCUGCUGAAGCAGUUGAAGAGACUUUUUCUGCUCCACCAAAUGUGUCCAGUUAUUUUAAACCUGCACAUCCAGGCUGGGGAUCCCCUAGCGUUCUCUUAACACAGGCUGCUGUCACUGCGCCAGCUCCUUCAACUCCAUCUUCAGUAAGUGAGGGCGCUCCAGUAGCACCCUCACUCCCAACUGUCAUCACUCGUUCUGGGGCUGCAGUUCAAUUUGGAGCUGCGACAACCUUUGGUGUCAGAAGCUCCAUUGGAUCUUCUUUCCGCUUUGGGUCUACAAACUCAUUCGGAGUUCCAGCCUUAUUGGCAAACAGUCCUUCUGUCGUCGUCUCCCCCGAGGAGAAUGAUGCUGAAGGGAACGAGCCAGCUGGUCGAGAGAAGUAAGUCGAUAUCCCAGCCUGCCUAACCACCAACCAACCCAUCUACAAUACUCGUCACCUCUUAAUCAUCCA